AUGGCAGCACCGCAAGGGGGUUAUCCUCCCCAGGAAGGCUACGCUCAACCGGUCGGCUACGAGUCCCCCGUUCAACAGCCCGCGGGGACGGUUCCCGGAGCCCCUGCCCAAGGUCAAGCUGGAGGAAAGAAGAAGCGAGCAUAUGCCGGAGAGGCCUUUGAUUUCGGUUCUGGUGCCAAUGCGGCUCUAGGAGGUCAACUGCCCGCCGGUGGCAGCUAUGGAGCCUACCCUCCUCAGCCCCAGGCUGCGGGAUACCAGCAGCCCGUUGCGUACGGAGCCGACCCGGCCCAGAUGCAAGCUGCUGCUGCUGCUGCGCCAGGAUAUGGCGGCGCACCCGUCGCACAGAUGACUCAACAGUUUGGCGCAAUGGGGAUGACGGAUCCGCACCUCUUGCCUCCUCAGCCUCAGCAGGCGGUGCCUCAGAUGCCGCGGGCUGUUCCCCUCAACCAACUCUACCCGACGGAUCUCCUCACACAACCGUUCAACGUUGCGGAACUUGACUACCCUCCACCUCCCAUUGUUUUGCCUCCGGGGACGAGCGUGUAUCCCUCCCCCUAUGCCAACUGCCCUUCGAAAUAUGUCCGGUCCACCCUGAACGCCGUCCCGACCACCCACUCCCUCCUGAAGAAGUCGAAGCUGCCGUUUGCCCUGGUCAUCCAGCCGUACGGGGCCCUCCACGAUGCCGAAGAUCCCAUCCCAGUCAUCCCAGACCAAGUUAUCUCGCGUUGCCGACGCUGCCGAUCCUACAUCAAUCCUUUCGUGACCUUCCUCGAUCAUGGACAUCGCUGGCGCUGCAACAUGUGCAACCUGACCAACGAUGUACCCCAGGCCUUUGAUUGGGACACCACGCUUCAGAAGCCCGCCGACCGGGCCCUGAGAUCCGACCUCAACCACUCGGUGGUGGAAUUUGUUGCUCCUCAGGAAUACAUGGUCCGACCUCCGCAACCGCUCGUCUACCUCUUCCUCAUCGACGUCAGCUAUGCUUCGGUCACCAACGGUCUCCUGGCCACAAGUGCCCGGUGUAUCAAGGAGAGCCUCGACCGAAUUCCCAACGCGGACCGCCGGACGCGACUGGGCUUCGUCGCGGUCGACUCGAGCCUCCACUACUUCAGCAUCCCGCGUGACGGAUCGGAGAACUCGGAUCCCCGAAUGCUCGUUGUCAGCGAUCUCGACGAGCCCUUCCUUCCCAUCCCCGGAGACCUCCUCGUCACCCUUAGCGAAUGCCGCGAAAACAUCGAAACCUUCCUCGACAAGCUGCAGGAGAUGUUCCAGAGCACCCAGAACAAUGCCUGUGCGAUGGGAUCCGCUCUGCGUGCCGGUUACAAGCUCAUCUCUCCCGUCGGCGGAAAGAUGACCGUGCUGAGCUCGUCUCUUCCGAAUAUCGGACACGGUGCUUUGACUAUGAGAGAAGACAAGAAGGUUUUGGGCACGAGCAAAGAGAGCAGCUUGUUGCAGACGGCCAACAGUUUCUACAAGAGCUUCGCUGUCGAGUGCUCCAAGGCGCAGGUUUCGGUGGAUAUGUUCCUGUUCUCGUCUCAGUACCAGGACGUGGCGUCUCUCAGCAACUUGCCGAGGUACACUGGAGGUCAGACGUACUUCUACCCCGGCUGGAAUGCUGCCCGGGGAGAGGAUGCAAUCAAGUUUGCUCGGGAAUUUUCCGACUAUCUAUCCUCCGAAAUCGGGUUGGAGGCCGUGCUCCGUGUUCGCGCGACGACCGGCCUGCGCAUGAACACGUUCUACGGAAACUUCUUCAACCGCAGCUCCGAUCUCUGUGCCUUCCCGGCUUUCCCUCGCGACCAGGCCUAUGUUGUUGAGGUCGCAAUCGACGAGACCGUCACGAAACCUGUCGUGUGCAUGCAGACGGCGGUUCUCCACACCACAUGCAACGGCGAGAGAAGAAUCCGGGUGCUGACCCUGGCCCUGCCGACAACCCAGAACCUGGCCGAUAUCUAUGCGUCGGCGGAUCAGCAAGCGAUUGCCACCUACUUCAGCCACAAGGCAGUUGAGCGGACGCUCGGCAGCGGCCUGGAACCUGCUCGCGAGGCGUUGCAGGCCAAGCUCGUUGAGCUCCUGUCGACAUACCGCAAGGAGCUUGCUGGCGGAAGCGUCAGCGGCGGCGGUCUCCAGUUCCCCGCCAACUUGAGAGGAUUGCCCGUUCUCUUCCUGGCUAUGAUUAAAAAUCUGGGUCUCCGAAAAUCCGCACAGAUUCCGACCGACAUGCGGUCUGCCGCUCUUUGCCUGCUCUCGACACUUCCCCUCCCCCUCCUGAUGCAGUACAUCUACCCGAAGAUGUACUCCCUUCACGACAUGCCGGACGAUGCGGGCUUGCCCGAUGAGCAGACGGGAGAGAUUGUUCUUCCUCCGCCGGUGAACCUGUCCUCCGAGCGUGUUGUUCCGUUUGGACUGUACCUCAUCGAUGACGGACAGACGCAGUUCCUCUGGGUCGGCCGCGACGCGGUGCCGCAGCUCGUCCUCGACGUAUUCGGCCUCCCCGACAAAUCGCAGCUCCGGGUGGGCAAGCAGAACCUGCCGGAUCUGGACAACGACUUCAAUCAACGAGUGCGGGCGGUGGUCGAGAAGAGUCGGGACCACCGGUCGAAGGGGGUGGGCAGCAUCGUAGUGCCGCACCUCUACGUGGUGAAGGAGGACGGGGAACCGGGUCUCCGCCUGUGGGCACAGACGAUGCUCGUGGAGGACCGGGCCGACCAGAGUGUCAGCCUGGUGCAGUGGAUGGGGUCAUUGCGCGAAAAGGUUUGA